AUGAAAUACCCUGGGCGCGUACUAAUCACUGGAGGUGGAGGGAACAUUGGGAAACAUGUUGUUCGGCGUCUAUUAGCUGCCAGGACGCCUGUUACGAUUCUCGACACGAUCUUCUACGAGGACGAGUUAGAACUCUCUACACUAUCUCCUUCAGCAUCUUCUCUGCUUCAAGUCCAUAUCGGUGAUAUACGUAAUAUCUCGACGCUGUCGUCAGCUUUCACAAAUGAAAUCUCAGGUGUCAUUCACCUGGCGGCAGUCUCCCGAGCGGAUUGGUGCAUGGAGAACCGGAAGGAUUGUUCUGACAUUAACGAGCGCGGCACGCAAAUGGUUCUUGACGCGCUGAUUCGGCUUAAUUCUCUCGAUAAGGGGAGGCGAUGGUUUAUCUUUCCAAGCUCAUUCGAUGUGUACCAUUAUCCGAGGAGGGGUCAAUCAAUGGAUGAGCGCAUAGUGACUGCACCCGUCAAUGCUUAUGGUCAAACGAAGCUCGAAGCCGAGAACCUUGUGAGGCAGCUUCUCACGGGAGGGAAAACCAGGCUGGCAGGACGUAUUCGUGCGGCUGCUCUGAGACUUUCAACAGUUUAUGGUGGCGCGUAUGAUCACCCCGACCGAUUAAUACCUUCCAUCGCGACUCAGGCCAUCUCUCAUCAAGUCGUUCAGAUGUUCAACGGAAACCAACAGCUUGAUCUGCUCCACAUUGAUGAUUGCGUGGAUGCCUUCCUCCUCACAAUUGAAUAUCUCACCAAAUCAUUCAAUAAAAUAUCCUUGUUUCCGUCCCGCAACUCUUUCGAGAUUUUCAACAUCGCCUCAGGCCAUUUGAUCUCCGUCGACAGGCUCGUCGACUCACUCGUUGCUCUUACACGUUCCAAAUCUCCAAUUCGUCGCAUCCCCCGGAACGAUCCUGCUCUUGUCCCUUACAAGGGGGGAAUUGAAAAGGCCCGGAGAACUCUCGAGUUCUACCCUUUAGUCAACAUUGACGCUGGGUUGUCACGACUCGUAAAGGCCUAUCUGACCCGCACGGAGGGCUUUCUGCAUAAGCACAUUAGAGGUACAUGUGGCGACGCAUCGCCUUCGAUCGCUAUCAAUUCCGAUCUGGAGAAAUUGCACGAUUGCCACAUUCAUAUUGAGGUGAACAUCCAGGGGGAAUUUCAAGCUUUGACGCCUCCGCCUCGAGACAACGGGCAGGGUUGGUCCACUGACACAGGGUUACCUUCUCAGUCAAUGCGGAUCUAUAAGUCUGGACAAUGGACAAAAGAGAGACAAAUUUAUAGCAUUAGACCGCUAUACGAUGAAUGGUGGCUUGGUGUGAUGCGUCCUGAUUUGGGGCCGGUUGAACUUCCGAAGAUGACGAAAGAGCAGAUCGAUAGUAUUUUUCCUCAGCCGGUCGUGGAUUGGAAGAUAGAGGUCAACCCAGAUGACCACGCAACCCUUCGAUUUGUCGUUCCAGAUACGGAUCUAUAUCUCAUGAGUCCAACGGUCGUUGGAGGGAACUUUUCCAUUGUGUCGAAUCAGACUCGGAACGAGUGGCCAUUUAGGAUUUCGCCCGUUUGUUGUGAGGGUCCUGCACCAUGGCCUUUCCUUCGUGAUGACCCGUUGGAUUAUUCCAUUGAGUUUCAGAGAUCAUCUUUAGAGCGACCAUUUUCUGCUUCCCCAUCGAGGACUUCCUGCUAUCGCUUGGAACGAGCUUUAAACAAAGUGCAGCGUGAUUUGGCGACUUUGCCGACUGAGAGGUUGAAGGAGUCCGACGGUGCCAAAAUGAGCAGGCUGCCUAUCGAGUGGGUUGACGCAAAUUUGCCUGCCUGCUCGAAUCUCUGUGAUCACCCAACCAUUUGUUUGGAUACUGGAGAUUGUCAAUGUGUCUUGUCGAGUUGCCUUCCCAGGGAACGACGUCUUGUGCCCGUUGUCUCUGAUCCAGCUUCCAUCUCCUUCCCUCCUUCCGGGCCGGAAGAAACGACUCUAGGUGAUAUGGUCAAACGCUCAUCGUGGCGGAACGUCCUUCGUCCUCAGGCCGCCAGUUUUGUUGCUGCCAACGUCCCCCUCCCUCGUGUCCACGUCGCCCCUCUUCCAGAAGGAGACCGCCUAUGGAAUGAAGAAUAUCACAUUGAUAGACUCCAGAUUUCCCACUGUUUCUCUGCGGACUCACAACUCGAAAAGGCUCUCAGGGUGAUGGGAGUUGAAGCAGGGGUCGAUGCUGAGAUGACUUAUGUUCCACAUUAUCAGGCACGGAACGAUGGGAUCGACCAGAGGUAUCAGCACGCGCUGAAGACCGUGGCUGGAUUCGAUGCAUCCAAAGUCAUUAUUCCUUUUACACACGAUUGGGGCUCAUGCAUGCAUUUCCAGUGGUCGGUUUGGGGAAUGCGAGAAAACGUUCCAGAUCUGAGUCCUAUGGUCAGAUCGACGACCCCUUGGAGCGUUAUGGGUGAUUUAAACACUCCCUGUUAUUGGCCGCAGCAGCAUGUCGUCAUACCGCCUCGAACUUGCGGGUCUUCGAAUCUCCUCGCGGCGUUUUCAGACAUUGCCAAUGUUCGUCCUGCGCGUGAUCGUCGGGUCCUUGUGACGUUCGCCGGCACCGGCUGGGGAACGGGCUACAUUAAUCGUGUGAGGCUGGCGUGCGGGCGCGAGGGUUGGAAAUCGGGAGAGACGGAGAAAAGGCUAUACCCUAAUGGUCCAAAAUUGAGAAGUAUUUUUGGGAGCACGGGGGAUUAUGGUUAUACUGGCAUUCUUAACGAUACGAUCUUCUGUCCGCAGCCUGCGGGAACCACUGGUUGGGCCACACGUUUAGUGGACUCCGUAUACGCAGGAUGCAUACCAGUCCUUGUGGGCCAAAAGUCGCACUACCCUUUCUUCGACAUGAUCGACUGGGGGAAGAUCUCUGUACAAAUCGGCCCCUCUGAACUGGAUCGACUGGAAGAUAUCCUUCUAUCCCGAUACACCCCAGAAGACAUCGAACGCUUGCAGGUGAACAUCAUGCUCGUCCGUGAUGCGUUCCUUUAUCCGCUAGAUGACGUGAGCGAUGACACGGUGAAGAAGUUGAUGAUUGAAAAUAGAGGACCCCUUUGGUUCGCUCUUCAAUCGACGCGGCUGAGAAUGCUGACGCUGUUUCCGACGGAGGCAUAG